CCAAGUGAUAAGCUACAGAUUAAGGACAGUUGUAUGGUGAUGGAGGAGGAACAACCUCAAGAGGACUGCGCCCAACCCCAGCCCUCCGCGUCCUGCUCCAAGAAGCCAGACAAGCCCCUCUACCAGCCCAAGAAGAAACAGGACGGCCCCAAAGAUAAGGCUCAAACCCAGGGAGAUGGCAAACCAAAGCCCAGGCCUCGCUACACGGACAAGGCCCGAAAGAAUGCCAAGAACAAGAAGGACAAAGGAGGGAAGACGGGAGGAGAGGGGAAUGGAGUCCUAAACGGUGAGGAGACGGUAGAAGAAGGAGGAGGAGGUGACGCGGGGCCACAGAAUGACGGACAGGCUGCUACAGCCAACCAGGGAGGAGAUGUGGGUUCGCGACUGGAGACGGGGAGCAAGAGUUCUCCGUCUGAGAGAGAAGGGGGACCCCGGGAGGGGAUAGAGGCAGGCCCUCAGGAAGAGGAGGAGGAGGAGAGCUGGGACGCUCUCUUUGAUGACGAAGGAGAGUGUUUGGAUCCCCAUGUGCUAGAGGAGCUGGCUAUAAAGCAGGGCAGGAAGAAGCGGCCGGUGCAGGAGGCCAGGUUUGACUACUACAGCUUGGAUCAGGACAGAGAGGGGGAUGAUGACACUGAGCUCACAGAGGAUGAGCUGUCUAACAUCAUAGAAAUCUACGACUUCCCCACAGAGUUUAAGACUGAAGACCUGGUCAAAUCCUUCCAGGCCUACCAGCAGAGAGGCUUUGACAUCCAGUUUGUGGACGAUACACAUGCCCUGGCUCUCUUCAACAGCCCCAUAGCAGCUCGGGAGGCUCUGAGGACCAAACACCCGCUGUUGAAGGUCAGGUCUCUGGCUAAAGCCUCCGUCACCACCAGGGCCAAGGCUCGCAGCUGCUCAGACUACCUGCUCCCUACUAAGGAGCGUCCCCAGACCAGUGCAGUGUUGGCCCGCAGGCUGGUGAUGGGGGCGCUGGGCGUCAAGAGUCCCCAGAGCAAAGAGCACCGUGAAGCAGAGAGGAAAAAACUGCAAGAUGCCAGAGAGCAGAAGCGUCUGGCAGCUAAACAGAGAGACGACGCCUGGGAAGGGAAAGCCUGACGGAGAGGAACCACUUCCUCCAUCCCUUCCUCCCUCCACCCACCGUAGGGACUAGACACACCUCUGUUCCCUCUGCCCUCCAUCCCAUCCUCCCUCCACCGUAGGGACUAGACACACCUCUGUUCCCUCUGCCCUCCAUCCCAUCCUCCCUCCACCGUAGGGACUAGACACACCUCUGUUCCCUCUGCCCUCCAUCCCUUCCUCCCUUCACCGUAGGGACUAGACACACCUCUGUCCCCUCUGCCCUCCAUCCCAUCCUCCCUCCACCGUAGGGACUAGACACACCUCUGUCCCCUCUGCCCUCCAUCCUCCCUCCACCGUAGGGACUAGACACACCUCUGUCCCCCUCCCACCUACACAGGGCAGCUGUACUGAAGCCACACUGGACUGAACAGAACUGAACUCAGCCAAAGCCCAGAGUUUGUUGGCAGAAGUUUUUCUCUUGAAACCUGGUCAGCAUUAGAUUAAUCAUCACUACUAACAUUGAUAACAUUGUCAUAUGGAGGUUAGGGGUCAUAUGGAGGUUAGGGGUCAUAUGGAGGUCAGGGGUCAUAUGGGAGGCUCCCAUGCAGGGUAGCCAGGGUUAUUAUGGAUGAGCGUAUAGUACAGGGAUGCACUGCGGGGUUUUGCACCCACCCAGCACUAAAACACCUGCUGUGCUGAUUCACCUAAUUCAUGAAAAAUAGCUUUAUUUGUUGUUUUGUUAGUGGUGGGCUGGAACAAAACCCUGCACACAUACAGCACACUGAUGGCCCUGUGUAAGAUGUGAUGCUAGACAGAACAGUGUGACAGUUAAACAGUAAGGUGGUGUCCCCUCCAGGGUUGGGGUCAGGUCCAUUUAGAUUCCAGUCAGUUCAGAAACUGAAGCGCGUUCCAAAUCCACAUUAUCCUCAUUGAAAAGCAUUGAGGAGAUUUGGAAUUGGAAUUUCGCUGUACUUCCUGAAUUGACAGGAAUUCAAAUUAAACUGACCCCGCCCCCGAUACCCUCAUAUUCUGUUUUUAUUAACUUUUUAUAUUGUUUUAUUACCAGCUGAUGGGGAGGAGCUAAUUAUGACCUAAUUUAUGUUACAUUUAUUAAUCUUAUAAAAAAAUAAUCUCAGUCAGGAAGUACAUCUUGAAUCAUCCUCCCCCAGUUUCUGCUCAUGCUAAAGCACACUGUUUUUAGUUUAGGGAUAGUGUGUCAAGCGUCUUGAGUAUGAGAGCUGAUCCAGGAUCAGGUCCCAACCUGUCCACACAAUCCUUAUUAAUUGUGUUCUAAACUGAUCCUAGAUCAGCACUUCUACCCGGAGACGAAUGAGACAUUGGGGCCCAGCUAUCUAAACGGCUUAAUAAUGAUGAGCGAGGACCGACACACCAAAUAACAUCAUGAUGAAGUCAGUUGCUCCCUGACGUUUGUAAAAACACUGUAUUUUAUUUCCCUAUUGUAUUGUUCAGUGAACAAGGUUUGUCUCUGUUUCUCUCUUAUUGGUCGUUUAAUAAAUCAUUUUUAAACUCUU